AUUAUUAUUAUUUUAGAGAAUAAAGCAUGUGAGAGCAGCCAUUCCUCAAACAUUAUAUUAUAAAUAAAUUAUCCCUUGAGAAUAUGUGUAAAAUAGCUUGAUAUAAUAAGCUCACAAAUGUGCACCAAAAGCAUAUAUUAAGUUAUUAUUCUUUUAACUCCCACUUCGCUCUGUCUCCAUUCCAAACCAAGCGCGGGAUUUAACUCUAACCGAUUCUCGACUAAGAAUUCUGAAUCCCCAAACAUCGCCUUACUCUAUUCUCGCUUGCAUUGCUUCUUCGUAUUCCCUCCCGACAAAUUCAUAAAUUUAAACGUUUCCUUCACAAACGUUGUUGUUAUGGAUGUGGCGCACUGCAAGCUUGACGGCAACGCUGACGCCGUCGAGUUUUGUCCACAUGACGGUUACCAUUGGGUUCUUGCGGCUUCUACGUAUACUUUACAAGAAGGUGAUAAGCCAAGUCGAACGGGGAGCAUUUCGCUAUUCAAUGUCAAUGCUGAAGAGAACAAUCUUGAAUUGUUGUAUAGAAGGGAUACAGCUGGAAUUUUUGAUAUUAAAUGGAGCCCAGUUGGUGGUAGUGUGGGUCCUUUGCUUGCCCAAGCUGAUGCUGAUGGUUAUGUGAAGGUUUAUAACCUCGAGUACUCUCUAGACGAUUCAGAAACUAGAGGGGGUUUUCUAAGAGAUGUCAAUUGCGAAAAGAUCAGCCCCUCCAUGUGCCUUUGCCUGGAGUGGAACCCAUCAGCCACAUCUAUCUCGGUUGGUCUUUCUGAUGGUUCUGUUUCAAUUAUCUCCCUUGAAGAGUCAAAACUAGAAAUUCAGCAAGAAUGGAAAGCACAUGAUUUCGAGCUAUGGGCCAUUACGUUUGACAUUCACCAACCUCAUCUGGUGUACACUGGCUCAGAUGACUGCAAAUUCAGUUGUUGGGAUAUACGGGAUGGUUCAUCCAUACUGGCAUUUCAGAACUCCAAGACUCACAAGAUGGGUGUUUGUUGUAUUGCGAAGAGUCCUAAUGAUCCUAAUAUUGUUCUUACUGGUAGUUAUGAUGAGUAUCUAAGGUUAUGGGAUGUAAGGUCAAUCUCAAAGCCGGUGAAUGAAACUUCCGUUUGUUUAGGGGGAGGAGUUUGGAGAAUCAAGCACCACCCUUUUAUACAAGGUGUGGUCUUGACAGCUUGUAUGCACAAUGGAUUUGCAGUUGUUGAUGUUAGAGGGGAGAAAGCCAAAGUAAUUGAAACUUAUACCAAGCAUGACUCCCUUGCUUAUGGUGCGGAUUGGCAUAGAGGGAGCAUAUCUCUGGAAGGCAAAAGAAAGAAUAGUUUGGUGGCUACUUCCUCAUUUUAUGAUCAGCUUCUCCGGAUAUGGAUGCCAGAAAGUGACAUCCUCACAUGAUUUGCUUCAUUUAAGUUUAUCUUAUGCACUUAGAUCGGACGGAUGCUAUAGCAAUACUGUGAGGAAUUCUCCAUCGUCUUAUUGUGAUAGGUAUGCAUCAGUCCUCAUAGUUAAUCUUUAUGCUUUAUAAUUAAUCAAAAAGAAGAAUUAUAGCUCUUGGUGUGUUAGAGAAUUAUAUGUUUGGAACUUUUUGUCUAAAGUGGAGGUCAGACAGCCAUCCUUAAAGCAUGGACCUAAAUAUGCUACCAUAUUAGUUAUUUGAUCGAAGAUAUCGUGUUGUGAUCCUUAAACUCACUGUAGAAAUUAAAUAUUCUCCUUCAAGACUGAAUAUGUAGCUGUCAUUGCUUUAUGCGUGUCCCAGUCAAGAACUGAAAAUUGUUUAAUAAUUCACCAGAACCUUGACUGGUGGUGGUCUCCAUAAUCUUUUUCAAUGAAGUCACUGUCCAUAUUGUAAAAGGAAGGAGACCCCCCUUCUGUAAAUGAUUGGUAUGAUCAUUAUUUUAUGAAGGAUGCUUGUGGAUGCUGUUUUGCUUGUGGGGGCAAGGUCAACAAAGGAACCUUAUGAUACUGUUGUCAUAGUAGAAAUAAAGGUUUAGUAGUUUGGCUGCUCA